UUAAAAAAAUCCUCUUCCUAUUUACAAGUUUGUUAUUGUUUUCGUGGAGAUCCUGCCUCGUCCGAAACCUUCUCUUAUUUAGGCCUAUUUUCACGUGGAUUAAUCACCCUAGGCCUAUAUUUUUGCAGAUAAAUCAACAGAUUCCAACGAUGAGCCAGAUAGAUUCACGUCCAUCCACGCCAGGGAGCAUGGCUCUGGAGGUCUUGGAGGGUGACAACAGCAUCUUCAAGAAGCCGUUGGUGCCGCCCCCGAGGAAGAGGAAAAAAGUACUGGACGAGGACACCUACGUCAAAGAAGUAGAGAAAAUAAUCGAAAGGGACUUUUUUCCCGAUCUGGAAGAUCUGAAAGAAAAAGUUGAGUUCUUGGAGGCCAAGGAAGCUAACGACAUCAUCAAGCUAAGGGAAUUUUACUCCAAAUACUCCUGCGGGAAAGACUCUGCCUUCCGAAAUGUAGAAGACAGUCCAGCAACCUUUGAAACACCAGUAGCAAACAGUGGGGACGCAACUCCAUUGAUGGGCAGUGCACGAAGUUUGUCCAAGUCUACGUGCAAUGCAAAGGAGAGUGCAACAGAUAAAGACAGUGCUUCCGACAGCUCCAAAAUAUCGCUGGACGAAUUUCUUGACUCUCACACAAGUGAGGAUAACGAGAGCUUUGAACAGUUGAUGGAGAAAAAUGAAGCAAAAUUUAGGUUGAAGCAUGCCUGGAUGUUUGAAGCAGAAGAGAAGCACAAUGAAGAUCACACGCCAAACUUGAGUCUUCCAACGGUCGAGCAGCGAGAGGAAGCCUCGCGACUGGCCAUAACAGGAACCUCGCUCCAGAACGACUCCAGGCCCAAGCAGGUGGAAAACUGGAAAUUCAAAACAUUCAACUCAGUCAUGUUUGUACCAGAUGGAGUGCCAGUUUCCCGAGCAAAGAGCAUAGAGGCUGCGAAACAGAAGAAGCGAGAGGUGAAUUUAUCCAACACUCGGUACACAAGCUACCCGUUUACUGAGACGUUAAGUCAAGCAGCCAUGUUGGAAGCAUCGGCCGUUCAGGCCAGCAAAAGGGAGGGAAAAGUUGGCGUAGAUGGGAAGGAGCUUGGGAAAGAUACUCCAAAGUUUAAUGGGUACAGUUUCGUAACUGCCCCAUCACCAGUGCCUGGGGUCGACGCUUCUCCCCUGAUGACAUGGGGCGAAGUUGACGGAACUCCCAUACAGCUGGAUGGGAAUCAGACGCCUCUCUUGAAACGACACACGCCGGGACCUUCGUAUAGAAUACCAAAAGUGCCUAACAGGGAUCGACUCGGACACAUGUUGGCCGAACAAGUCAACUUGAGGCACCGUAACAAGAAGUCCGAAGCCGUGUCUGUUGCGAGAUCGAGUCUGGGUACACCGUCGACUUUCGGCCAACACUCGACGUCCGAAAGAGUCACUUCCAUGUCCCCGGCUGCUCAGAGACUCCUAAGCUCAAAGUUGGGGAUCAGCCAUGCCACAGACAAAGCCCUACGGCAGUCUUACACGCCCUCGCCGCUGACUAGACUAGGCUCGAACACCCCGGGCGCCGUGACACCUAGUUACGCCCUCACUCCAGAAACUGUCAGCCUACCGUCGGUCACGCCCAAGAGACGAGGGUCUAAGAAACACUCUAAGAAUCUUCCUGUUGCGGGCGACAGAGAAGCAUCUGUUGGUCUGACGGAUAACCUUUUGGACUUGCCGAAAAGACCCAACACCACUACGGGCAAAUCCGAGCGUGGUGGGGACACAAGGAGGUGUGCCGCAGAUUUCUUCUGAUACCAUGCGAUUCAUUGCUUAUCACGUCAGACUAUACUUGCCUUUUAUAUGUUAUUUCCAAGAUAUAUAUUACAGUAAUGUUUAGAUAUUUUGGUAUGAAAGAAUUGUAAUGUCCUCACCUAUUAAUAGCAACUAGUGAUUCACGAUAUUCCUCUAGAAGCUGUCGUGAUCCUCAUCCACAUUGAGAAUUUGAAUAAACAGAUCUCAUUCCCAUUAUCAUUGAAGUCACUUGCUCAGAUGUUACAAAUGUCAUGACAUUUAUAUCACAAUUUCUCUUAUUCCUAUGAGGUAAACUUUUGGAUAUUAGCAAAGUUUCUUGUUUGAUGUCUAAGAUUAGUUUUCUGUGCUAAGGAAAAUGUUUACGAUUUUUAUUUGAGUAAUUCAAGUUCUCUCUAAUUUUAAGAAAGAAAAUUUGUAAUAUUCACAAAAUCAAAAUUUGUUUUUGGCCUAAUAAAAUGGAAAAUUAUGUGACGAGGUGGUAUAUAGUAUAUCAAAAUCUUCCAGGGAUAAAAAUAUUCCAUUAAGGCAAUCUGUGCAUUAUUGUAAUUAGAAUUAUAUGUGUUAAUAUGUAAAUAUGUGAAACUGAAUAGAUAUAUUUGUAAUUGUUAUUUAAGGCGUAAAAUAAAAAUUGUGUUACACAGUCUUACAAAACUAAAAGGUAAUCAAAUGUGUGUUUAUUACGUUCUUGGUUAUAGGAACUGUUGCGAAUGCACGAAAAAACUCUUUGUGAAUGAA